UUUUAAAACCUAGUAGAUUUUUUUCUACACAAUCCCAAAAGAUAGAAUUACUUUAUACAUUACUUCAAAGUUUAAACACCAAUAAACUUAUUAAUAUUGCAAUUGACAGAUAUGCAGCAGUUGUAAAAACAUCAGUUGGAGAAGCAAUUCAAAUCUUUAAUGAAGAACAGGUAUUAGAACUGAUUAAUUCUAUCAAACAUCUUGAUAAAGAACAAUAUCGAGAAUCAGGAAUUAAAGCAGCUCAGAUAUUAACAAAUGACAAAUUAUAUGAUAUCAUAAAUAAAACAAUUAGAAAAAUAGUCAAGAAUAAAGAAUUUGUUGUAGUUGAAUAUGAUAUUACCACACUCUGUUUACCUGAUGCUAAAGUAAAAAUAAUUUUAUCAGCAGAUGUGGAAACUCAUGUAGCUUGA